GGAAGUGGGAAGGCAGGAGCGUCCGGGAAGGAAGGAAGAGCGAGUGACGCUUGACGGCAGUGGCCCUGUCGGAAAAGCCCAGCAAGGACAGCUGAGGGAGGCAGAGGAAGCGUGCUGUCGCAGCCAUGCCAAUCUUCGACCUUCAGGACAAGCUGGGCAUCGACCUUGACCGGUGGUUCCUGAACCAGAGCGGCAAGCAGCCCUACCAGAGGCCCAGCGUGUGCCAUGCCUUUGAGAAGGAAUGGCUGGAGUGCUCUGAGGGCAUCGGACAGACGCGGGCCAAGAAGGAAUGUCGCUUGGAGAUGGAGGACCUGAAUGAGUGCAUCAAUAUGCGCAAAAUGAUCAAGCGCCUGGUAGCCAUCACAGAACAGAGGAAGAAGCUGAUGAAGGAAGGGAAGUACACCCCGCCUGACUACCACAGCGGCAAGCUAGAGACCGAGCCUUGAAAGCCUGCUGUUGGUUUCAGGGGUAGCAGAAGUCAUAAGCGCUGCCCAAUCUCUUUUGGACUCCUCUGUGGGGGUUUUAAUAGAAGGCAUCUUUUGCUGUAUCAGGCUAGAGCCUUUGACCAUUACCCUGCAGCUUCGAAGCAAUGGCUGCUUGUGGGUCAAGUUCAGUUCUCGGCUGUCGCCUUGGCUUGAAUAAAUAUCCUAAUUUGGGUCUCAA